CGUCAGCAGACAUCCACCCAUUUCAGUGGAGCAGAGGGAUCCUGCGAGGUGACUGUGCUCUCUCUCAGGCCAAGUCAGACGCGAGGACCCAAGAAUAGGAGCAGUACUGGAGCAGGAACAGGAAUAUCCUCCUGAGUCAGUGCCACGACGCUGACAAACCACGCUCCCCGGCAGAGCUGCCUCUGCUCCGAUAAUCAGCAUCCUAUGCUAUUCUGCUCAAGAUGGCGGUGCAGGCAGCGGAGAAGGACGGAGUAGUGUUGAAGAAUGUGGAAGAAGACCACCUGAAUGACUCGCUGGGGAACCCCGGCCUCAUCUCACCUGACAAGGAGGAUUUAUCACGCCUCCUGACGGUGCCAUUCAGCGGGCGUAUCCGGGGGGGCAUGCGGCCGGGGAAGAAGAUAAUAGUGAUGGGCAUCGUGGACCUGGAGCCAGACAGCUUUGAUGUCAGCCUGACCUGCGGACGUGAUUCAGAGAAAGGGGAGCCUCCAUUUGAUGUGGCCCUGAAACUCACGGCUCGUUUCACUGACCGUCAGUUCCUUCGCAGCGCUCGGGUUUCUGGGAAAUGGACAGAGGAGGAGGCGUCCACUGUGUAUUUUCCCUUCAUCCCCGAUCAGCCUUUUAGGAUUGAGAUCCACUGCGAGCACCAGAGGUUCCGGAUAUUCGUGGAUGGACACCAGCUCUUUGACUUUUAUCACAAAGUAAAAUCUUUGCCCUCUAUCGACACAGUACGAAUACAAGGAGACCUACAGAUCACCAAGCUCGGUUAACUUGCCCUCUGACCAAUUCCCGCUCCGCAAGUCGUGUGUGAAGCAAGGACUUGAUCACACAUGACCACACACACACGUGCGCCUGUUACAUCAUCAUCCAUAGCCCAUCGUACAGCACUGCAUCAGCAUAGUAACUGGAUCAAAGUUUUUCUGCUUCGCUGUUUCUUCUUCUUCUUCCUCUUCUUUAUGUUGAACCAGGAUCUGAUGUGAUGGUGCUUUGUGGGUGAAUGUGUUUGAUCCAUUUUUCAGGUAUUUUUCCCUUGUAGCCCCAGUUUUUAGAUCAGCGAACUUGUAGCUUAUUUAUAGGACAUUCCACUUUUAUGUCGAAUCCUUUAGGGAAUUUGAGAUGGAGGCAGGUGUGGAGGUUUGAAGAAGCCAGUUAAGAUAAAAAUAUCUGACACUUAGCAGCUGAAGUGAAAGUUAAGUGUUGCUCAUGGGUAGAACAAAAUCAAAAACUUAAACUUAAUUCAACUCACUUUGUUUAAACAUACAAGCGUCCUCUUAAAUCUUUUGCUGACCAAGCAACGUGAACAUAUGUGCAGUAAAACUCAGACAGGCCAGAGCAGUGUUCCCAAAUUAGGCGGAUACAUGAUGUUAUGCGAGAUGCAACUGGUUUCAAUUCAAAUAUACCUGGACAUAUAUGUAUAUUUGAUAUGCUUGAGUUAGAUUGAGCUCAGCACAGCUGGAUGUGUAUUUCAAAAACUCAUCUGAGCACAACACAAUACAGCAUAGCGGCCUGUUUUCUCUCUGCUGAUGUAUAUCCAACUCUGCUGGCACUCCUCUGCAUCCCUUGGGUUUAUUCCAGUUGUCAUGGUAACACGUUGCAGCCUCAUUGACCUAAAUACCCAAAAAUGAGGAUUAUAUCAUGACAAGAUGUAGCAUCCCAUGCUUAACACAGCGUGUCUGGGUAGUUUGCACUUUUUUUUUUUUUCUUAACUACAGCCACUCUCCUGUAGGUAGAUUACGCUAUAGAGCUGCAGAGAAAUGAAUUUAAAAUUUGACUUCUGCUCCUUUUUCCUUUUGCAAGCCUCAUCAGAGGUGAACACUAAAAUAAGAUAGAAGUUUUACUCCUUAUAUGAAGAAGAAACCGUGCUGUCAGAGAGGUCACAGGUUCAGCCGGGUGCAGGUUCAGUCACACAUUUUGGAGUCAGAGGUCAGAUCCUGGGGGUACUUUGAAUGUAUAGGGUCGAUGUUUUUUGUUUAUUAUUUUUUUUAAAUAGUAGCAUAGAAGAUAUAGUGAUGCACAGAUUGAUUUCUCAAUGUCACAGUUUUUGGUGGUAUGGCUGGUGCUGUUUUAGUCCAUUAUAGGUCUUGUGUGUCUCAUGGCUUUUUAAAAAAAAGAAAACGGUUUUCCUGAAUCAUUCCUCAUCGGCAUCUUGCCCACACUGAUGCAGUCUCAUCCUUUCCUAGUGCUGCAGGCUGUGUUUUAGAAGUGUAACUAACACAAAUAUCUGGUCUCUUAUGCGUUGUUUUCUUUAUGACAGUUUCCUUCACUGGGGCAGGGAGCAAGUUCUAAAAAAUAUAUACAAAUAGAGAAGAUAUCUUCAAGUUAAACCCACAAGUAUUGUGUGUAUGAAAUCUUAAGGUGCUCUGUUUACACUCUUCCAGUAUCAACAUUGACUAUGCGUUAUGAGGUUUUUUUUCAUACUCUAGAAAGAUGUAAAAACUCACUGCAGACAUUAAAAGGUACUUUUUUUUUCUG